AUGCGUCUCGGCGCGGGGGACCCGCUCGCUCCAGCCGCCGGGCGCCCCCUUUCCGCAAAGGUCCCGGGACGCGGCGGCGCCGCCACGCGGGCGCGGAGAAGAGGAGCCGCGGCCCCGGGCGGGAUGGGGAGGCCCGCGGGCCGGGAGCGCGCCGCUGCCGACGGCGCCGGGAGCACCUCUCCCCUGACCACCGUCUUCCUCAUCUGGCUGACCUUCCUGUGCACCGUUCAGGGGACAGACCACAUGGGCCCCCAGCCCCGCCAGAGACGUCAGCUGGGCUACGGGGCAUGGACGCACUGGGGCAGCUGGAGUGCCUGCUCCAGUACCUGCGGGGAUGGAGCCUCCUUUCGGACACGGCGAUGCAUCAGGUUCCCUGAGGAGGAGAUGUGCAAGGGGCCUCUCAGGCAGUACCGGGUGUGUGAACUGGAUGAGUGCCUUCCUGGAUCCGCCCCCUUCCGGGCUGUCCAGUGCUCCCUCUACGACGGCAAGCCUGUCCUGGGCAGCCAGACACCUUACCAAUGGGUCCCCUUCUAUGGAGCCCCCAACCUCUGCGACCUGAAUUGCCUGGCUGUAGGGCACAAUUUCUACUACAACUUUGGGAGGGUCCUGGAUGGGACCCGCUGCAGCCCACACUCCCGGGACCUCUGCAUCAGCGGCCGUUGUUUGAGAGCCGGCUGCGAUGGGCUGCUGGGCUCAGAGGCUCAGGCGGAUGCCUGCGGGGUCUGCGGAGGCAGGAACGAGUCAUGCGUCCUGGUGCACCAUGUCUUCCGGGCAGCCUUUCACAGCUCUGGUUACUUUGGCUACCAGAAUGUCACUCUGAUCCCGGCAGGCGCCAGACACAUCAAGGUGACAGACAGCAGCCGCAAUUACCUCGCUCUGAUGACUGCAAACCAACGCUACAUCAUCAACGGUGACUGGGCCAUUGACUGGCCAGGGACGUACGAGGCAGCAGGCACCCAAGUCUGCUACACUCGCACAGCGGACGCCCACGAGAGCCUUGAGGCAGCCGGACCCACCCAGGAGGACUUGCUGGUCAUGGUCCUUUUCCAGGAGCCCAACGUGGGCAUUGAGUUCCAGUUCUGGCUCCCAAAAGAGCACUUCCACCCCAUCCAGAGUGACGCCAGCCCCCUUCGCCAGCCCCAGACCAGGGAAGUCGGGGAUGGCUCACCAAGGGAGCACCCAGCCAUCCUGCCAGCUCCGCCCUCUCAAAACGACAUCGCCAGGAAGACGCCUCAGCAGGAGGGAACACCCUUGCCAGCCAAAGUGCCCCCAGGGAGCUCAGGACUGUGCGGGGCGUGCGACUCUCCCAGGGGAAAAUCCCAGCGCAUCCACCACUACUGCAACAGCGACUUUGUCUUCCGCGCCCGAAUCCUCUCCAAGCGCAGGGUGGGGCAGGAGACGCGCUACGACGUGCAGGUGUUGCACACCUACCGCAACCGCUUCCCCGUGGUGCGCCGCGAGUUCGUCUGGGUGCCCAACGCCUGUGACUGCCCGCUGCUGGCCGAGCAGCGCGAGUACAUCCUGAUGGCCCGGCGCCACGUCAACUACGAGCACACCCUCAACCGCCUGCUGCUGCCCCAGGGCGGCUACGCCCGGCCCUGGACGCCCCGCGAGGACCUGCAGCUCAGGGACGUCCCCAAGCACUGCUCCCGGGGUGGGACCCCGCCCUAAGGUGGGGGUCCCCGUGUCUGCCGCGUCCACCGUCCUACCACCGGAGUGCCGUGAAAACGGCCGGGAGUCCGGACCCUCUGCGGACCUCUGGGUGCGCCACACGGAUCUUUCGCGGGGCGAAUUCAAGGGAAGGGAGACUUUUCCUCUCUCACGACGCAAUUGGCCAGGGAGAUCUGGGCUGGAGCGCUUUUGCCUUCAUUCAGUCCCAGGGGGGUGGGAUUCUGUGUCUCCCUAACAGUUGCUCCUAGGAUCCCCUUCCCUUCCAUGCUCAGGUUUCGACUCUGCGUGGAAAACAUUGGAAGAUUCAGGGGGGACAAAAGAAAGGUCUUCUUCUUCUCACAGAGGGGGUUGUGUUAAGCUGUGCAACUCCCUGCGUUAGGAAGCAGUGGCAGCCGCUCAUCUGCUCUGAAAGAGAAUUCACGAGAGAUGCAGCUCCUGGCGCAGUGGGUUGCCCCCAAUGGCUAUGCUCUCCUUCCCCUUGCCAAAAUCAGGAGGCCAAGAUCGCCUGGGCAUUGGUGGCCUGACUUGCACUUCCACCCAUCUCCCGGACACAUUAAGCCACAGCGCCACCAUGGCUGACUCUGCCCAAGAUCUCAGAGGACGCUGCCUGCAAGAGGACUCUGGGGCAUAUACAGAGUCCCUCUGGCCUCGUAAGCUCAGUCUUCAUUUCUGCUCCUCGAAACCAGUAAAGGUAUUCUACGGUCUGA